AUGCAUUGUGGGCCUCCCGACAUGGUCUGCGAGACGAAGAUCGUGGCCGCCGAGGACCAUGAGGCGCUGCCGGGGGCCAAGAAGGACGCGCUGCUCGCCGCCGCCGGCGCCCUGUGGCCCCCGCUGCCCGCCGCGCCGCCGCCCGCGCCCGGCCCCCCGCCCCGGGGCGGCGCGGGGGCCGCGGGCAGCGCGGGGCCGGCGGCGGCGGCGGCGGCGGCGGCGGCGGCGGGGCGCGGCGUGUGCAUCCGCGAGUUCCGCGCCGCCGAGCAGGACGCGGCGCGCCGCAUCUUCUACGACGGCAUCCUGGAGCGCAUCCCCAACACGGCCUUCCGCGGCCUGCGGCAGCGCCCGCGCGCGCAGCUGCUCUGCGCCCUGCUGGCCGUGCUCUGCUUCGCCGCCACCCGCUCGCUGCUGCUGACGGGCCUGGUGCCCGCCGCGCUGCUGGCCCUGCGCUACUACUACAGCCGCAAGGUGAUCCUGGCCUACCUGGAGUGCGCGCUGCGCACCGACAUGGCCGACAUCGAGCAGUACUACAUGAGGCCGCCCGGCUCCUGCUUCUGGGUGGCUGUGCUGGACGGCAACGUGGUGGGCAUCGUGGCCGCGCGGGCCCACGAGGAGGACAACACCGUGGAGCUGCUGCGCAUGUCCGUGGACUCCCGCUUCCGGGGCAAGGGCAUCGCCAAGGCGCUGGGCCGCAAGGUGCUGGAGUUCGCCGUGGUGCACAACUACUCCGCCGUGGUGUUGGGCACCACCGCCGUCAAGGUGGCCGCCCACAAGCUGUACGAGUCCCUGGGCUUCAGACACAUGGGCGCGAGCGACCGCUACGUGCUCCCGGGCAUGACCCUCUCGCUGGCCGAGCGGCUCUUCUUCCAGGUCCGCUACCACCGCUACCGCCUGCAGCUACGCGAGGAGUGA